AAUUAUUCGAGAUGUCGAGCAUUCCGCGCAAAUACGGGCUUAAGAACGAUAAGUUCGCAACUAGGAUCACUUCCAAGGAUCGCUCUGCGAAUGCUACCCCUCGCCGUACGACUAGUUUCUAUGUGUUAGGCUUCCUGUUGGUUGUAUUGGUCCUUUCAGGCUUUACUGAGAUGAUUAUGCACAUCAAGCAGGCCAGGCGAAUGCGAUAGUGAUGUUCCCUUUAUUACCGAUUCGUCGUGGGAUUUCCCGCCCACAUCGUUAUUUUUCGUCGCAAUCAGACCGUGCUAGACUCUCUGAGCGUCUAUGGGAUACAUUGGUGCCUGAGCGUAACUGGACGCCUCUGACACCUCAGUUUUGGAUUUUGCUAGUGGCAACAGUCUCUUUGUACACUUACAACCGUUUACAUCCUAAGGAGGAUAACGUCCUUCCAUCUGAGGAUAAAAAGCGUUCCGAGGCUUUGUUGCGAUUAAAAUCGGGGUAAACUAAUGCAAAAUCAACAUACGGUUUUGAAUGUGUUUAUGCAGCCUAAAC